GCUUCACUACUGAGGCAGCCUUUCAACCUGCACACACGCACCCACGACAUAAUGGUUAGACCUUCGGUUUUGAAGACUGCUUUCUUGGGAAAAGGUGCUAUGGUGGCCAUCUUUCUCGUGGUCAUCAGUAGCGGCAACUGGCCGGUGGCUAACGCCUGUGGACGAGGCUCUAUUUAUUUGGAAAAUAACGGUUACAGACAAAUCCUGAUCGCCAUUAGUGACAAUGUCCCCGAAGACGCUGCUCUGCUAGACAGAAUCAAAGACGUGUUCACCAGAGCAUCGGCAUUUCUUUAUGAAAUAACCAAAAAAAGAGCUUUUUUCGAGGAGAUCGUAGUCUUAAUACCCAAAAGUUGGUCAAACAAACCAGAUUAUGUUCCGGCCACCAAUCAAACCACAGAGGUAAGCAACAUCGUCGUGGACCGGAUGAACCCAGAUCUAGAACAGCCACACAAGCCGUUCGUUAUCCGAAGUGGUCAGUGCGGACAACCCGGUUGGUACAUGCAGCUCACACCUGAGUAUUUGACGGAUACCACCAUAGCCGAACAACACGGAAGUUAUGAAAAGGUUAUUGCACACGAAUGGGCUCAUUUACGGUACGGGGUGUUUGGCGAGUACCCGGAUGACCAUGCAUUUUAUGCUGCUGAAAAUGCAGAAAUAGAAGCCACAAGGUGUUCUAAGGCUUUGAGAGGGCAGCUUAUUGAUUAUGUGAAAGGAAACGGGGACUGUGACUUUGAGAAUGGUUUGCCCACGGCAUCCUGUCAGUUCAAGGACGACCAAGAAGCCUCUGGGAAGUACGGCUCGCUGAUGUACAGCCACAAGCUGGAUCACGUGGUCUGGUUUUGUGACAACGACACAAACUCCCCGAACACUUUACACAAUCGCCAGGCACCCAAUGCACAAAACCGGAACUGUGACGGAAAGAGCGUUUGGGAGAUUCUAAGGAGCCAUCAAGAUUUCGCAGGGGGCGCAAAUCUGCCGCGUGAUGUUCCGAGCACGGUGCCUACGUUUCGAUUCGUCAAGUACCGGAGCAAACGGACAGUGAUUGUUCUGGAUAUCUCUGGUAGUAUGGUAGGAAACAAGCUGCAGAAGCUGAGACAGGCUGUGACGAUAUAUAUCCAGAACGUGGCUGUAGAUGGAGAUAUGAUUGGAAUGGUAUGGUUUAGCACAAGUGCUAGCAUCAAGUCGUAUCUAACAGAGGUGAAAAACUCUACACGUCAACAGCUCCUGAAUGUGAUCCCAAAGGAAGCGCGCGGGGGGACAAGUAUAGGAGCUGGGCUGCAAAAGGGCAUAGAGGUGUUGUCAAGUGGAGGAGAGGACCCGGCAGGGGGCGUUAUACUGUUAGUGACGGAUGGCAAGGAAAAUACGGCUCCAUACCUGACUGACGUCAAAGAUCAGAUUAUCUCCAAACACAUUGUUGUUGACACGGUUGCCGUUACGGAGGACGCGGACCAACAGAUUGAAGAGCUGGUUGAAGCCACACAGGGUUUUUCGUAUUUCUUUUCUGACAAAAGAGGGUCUAACGCCUUAAAUGAAGCUCUAGUUUCCAUAGGACAAAGGGGAGCAGGGAUUGAGCAGAGACCAAUACAGUUAUCCAGCCAAUCGGUUGUGAUCAAGGGAAACCACUCUUACGAAGACAAAGUUAUCAUCGACUCCACCAUUGGCAGAAAUACAGAGUUUCUGAUUGGUCAUUCUUCGCACGAUAUCAUCAUCGAGAUGACGACGCCGUCGGGCCGUAGAAUAUCCCGCAAUGAUUCUGAAUAUAUCACCGAUGCGGUAUUCAGCCUUACCCGGAUAAAAAUUCCAGGAGUCGCAGAAAAAGGCCAGUGGAAAUUAAGCAUCAAGAACCCCAGUUCGAUAGAACAGUCUGUGACAAUAACUGUGAUAUCAGGCAAGACGGAUCAGAGUGACCCUAUCGUAACCACGGCAACAUGGGCUAAGAAAAUCGUCCAGUUCCCAGAUGAGCGUCAAAUUCUAUAUGUCAGUGUGUCCCAAGGUUUAGCCCCUGUUCUGCAAGCUAACGUGACGGCCAUAUUGGAAAGACCGGAUGAUGCUAAUGGAACAGCGCCCUCUUUACAGCUGACAUUAAGAGAUAAUGGUGCUGGUGCCGACUUAGCGAAUGAUGAUGGUAUUUACGCCAUCUAUGUCACCAAAUACACUGACAAUGGCCGAUAUGACGUAAAAGUUAAAGUAACCGCCACGCCAGUGUCCGUUGUUGUGAAAAACAAGAUCGUUGGGGUAAGUGGGAGCGGAGCUGCGGGGAGAAAACGAGGCCAACGAGAUACAGGGUUCCGACAAAACAUAGAGGAAUUUCAGCGCGUGGCGUCAGCAGGGUCCUUUAAACUGCACAAUUUUAUUGAAGGCAUUGAUGCCUUUCCUCCUGGGAAGGUGACGGACUUACGGGUGAGUGUGGACGAUGGCACGGAGGAAGUGACGCUGAGCUGGACGGCCACAGGGGCAGAUUUGGAUCAGGGGACAGUAUCAUCAUACGUCUUGUGGAAAUCCAAAGACUUUAACACAGUCUUCUCCAGUCACCGGAAAGCUGUAAGGGUUGAUGUUAACAUAAAACCACAGACUGCUGGCAAGCAAGAGACCUACACGAUUCGCCUGGAGGAAACAGGAAGCGUGACGUACUACUUUGCUUUGGAGGCUGUUGACGAUGGCGGUAAUGUGAGUCCACGCUCUAACAUCGCCUCCGUGUUAUUACAUGUAUUAAAGCACGAGAAUGAUGGUGAAAGUCUUAGUCCAUCUAAACAUACCCUGAACCUACCCUCAAUGGUCGGCUGUGUCGUCGGGAGCCUGGUUCUCAUGUAUCGCAGUCGUUAAUACUGGAAUUAUAAUAUACAUACACGACAAACGACGAGGAUAUCUUAACCAUGGACCCAAGUGGAAACGGGAUGUCAAAGAGCAGCCAAAUAUUAGAAAACACUCACAUUCAAGUAAUACAGAAAAGCAUGCACAGCAGGAUGAGCGACUCUUUAUAUUUUGAUAUCUUCCACGUCACGUGCAAAUCAGCAUUCUUUUCUAUUAUAUUUGCUUACAUUGUAUUCGCUUAUGUAUAUAGUAUUGUAUAUACACAGUUAGUGGCCAAAUGUUUAAACGUUGGACAUUUAGAACAAGUAUAGCAAAAUCAGUAUUCAAAUCAUUAACCUGUAUUAAAACAAUUAAGCCUUAUUCUACAAUGACCAGUUUCAUUAAUAACUUAGCAUCACAGGUUCUGCGAAAUAUAUAUAACUUUAAAAUAAAAGACAGCACCGGACUAAUGUUGAUGUCCACUAAAAGACUACUAUUCAAAGUACCUUAAACCGGCAUUAAAUAUUAACAUAUUUUUUUUUCAACCUAGUAAAAGUUUAGUGAAAAUUAGGCUUGACACAGCUUCAACACGUCUCCAUUAUCGAGAGCAAGGUGACGUCACGUUUACUUUAGCUCUCUAACUUCGAAGUUACUUUCCGUAUAAUAUACUAAGCAGUAGUUAGCUUUCUCGGAAAUUGGACAUACUGGAAGGAUAUUUCUUCUACUGCUUGAUCUGUUGAUACUGUAGGCCUAAUAUAUCAUUUACAAAGAACUCCAGCAUGUAUUCCGUAGAAAGUACAGCCUAUGCGUAAGGGUUCCGUCUGCAAUGAACAGUCAGCUUUCGUGGGCAUUCGUGGUUCAGAUUGAAGCCUCUGGAGGGGUUGUGCUGGUGAUUUUGCGCCAUAUUUAAAUAUUACAAAAUUACAACAGGACUUUUGUAGAACUAGAUUCAUGCUCAAUUCUGAAAAAAUUGGAAAUAAAUCUAAGAGGCCGAUCUAGGUAAUUUAUAAAAAAUUAUUAGAUUUAAUUAAUUUUAAGCGUUGUCCGGUGAGAUGCUGUGUUCUCAUUUCCAUAUACCUUCCUUAUCCCUGAUGAAUUUUUCACUGACUCUGAUAUUUGUUAUUUAGAAACUUUUUACUGAACCCUAAAAUGAACGACAAAAAAUGCAUUUGGGCAUGUAUAUAAUUUCAACAGAAUGACUAAGUUGGCCCAGGACGAUGAAUAGGGUUUGGGCGGAGAUGGUAUGAUACUCUGACAUAAUUUGUGAUGGCGUCGUUAAAUAUUACACGGUAAAUGAACUGGUUUCACGUCUGUGGUGGUGAAUCACCGUGUGAAAUGGCCCUUCGGCUACACGGAACUAUAAAUCGUGGUAAAUGGUUUCAAAAUGGUGUCAAUACAGUAGUUCCGUGUUAUUAUGUCUCACUUCAUGGGAUGAAUGGGUAACGGCUAUGUCACAGCUUAGAUCGUGCGAUCUGAUAGCAACGUUUUUGAUUGUCUAAAAUUCUCCAGAUGGCUGCCUGGACUCACACCAGGCAUUUGUACAGUACUGUCGUUUUGUUCUACAUAUUAUUCGUUAAAAUCUCAUCAAAGUAAUAAAGUAUAAUACA